GAAGCUAAACAGCGUGAAGAGGCUCUUAAUAGAGAUAUUGGAAAAUCAUCUAAAAUUAAAAAGGAAACUUCGGUCCCUCGGGAAGUUCAAGAUGAUGAAGAUUGGAAUGUUAUCGAUAAAAAUGAGGAUACUAGUGAUGAUGAUUUUACAGUUCCACCACCAACGGUCUCCUCUACUACUAAAUCGGCUAUAUUUAAACCAUCGUCAAAUAUUCCAGUUGCUCCUCCAGCACCACCAUCAAAUAUUCCAGUUACUCCUCCGGCACCACCAUCAAAUAUUCCAGUUGCUCCUCCAAUGCCAACGUCAAAUAUUCCAUCAGCACCACCAUUACCUCCCUCUUCAAAUAUUCCAUCAGCACCACCAUUGCCACCUUCUUCAAAUAUUCCAUCAGCGCCGCCAUUGCCACCUUCAAAUAUUCCAUCAGCGCCACCAUUGCCACCCUCAAAUAUUCCAUCAGCGCCACCAUUACCGCCGCCUUCAUCAAACAUUCCAUCAGCGCCACCAUUGCCACCACCUACUUCUGUUUUGUCACAGACUCCAACGUUACAACCACAGAUAGCAAUGCAGCCAUCAGGCGCACGAAAUGCGUUGUUAAGCCAAAUUCAACAAGGCAAAAAAUUAAGACCAACACAGACUAAUGAUCGAUCAUCACCUCUUGUUGCAGGUAGGGCCAAUACCUCCCCUUCCGCACCAGGCCUUUCCUCCGAUGCGUCUGUACCUAGCACCGGCCGCGUUGGUCUAGGUGCAUUGUUUGCUGGCGGUAUACCAAAGCUUCAGAGUCGUGGAGGGAUUGAAACUGGUCGCUCAGCUACUGAGGACACCCGACCCACAACUAAUUCUCGGCAAAGAACAAUUUUAAAAGCUGAUCGUAGGAUUUCAGCAGAUUUAUUUGGUAGUUUGGCUUCUGAUCAGCUUGCAAGUGAAGGAAAACUUUCGGCACCUACUACCCCCGACAUAACUCAUACAACAUCUAGUGAAAGUAAAGACUAUUUGCGUUCCGCCGAUGAAUCAUCAAGUUUCGUAGAAUCGCCAACUACCACUUCAUCUUCCGAAAUUGAUGUGGAUUUUACACAAGAAUUUCGUGUUAAAUCUCUCUAUCCUUAUUCUGGUACUGGUGGUGUAGAUGACCUUCAGUUUGAGGCUGGAAUUUCUUUCUUAGCACAUCCAUCCAAAACUCAAUCAAAUGCAGACUGGUGGUAUGGUGUGAUUGAGAAAACUGGUACAAAAGGCUGGUUUCCCAAAUCAUAUGUUGAAUUAUUUAAAGAAGGUACAAUAGAGGAAAAUUAUUUACAAUCAUCUGUCUUGUAUGAAUGGAAGGCACAAGCUCCCGACCAGCUUGACAUUAAACAGGGUAUUGUUGUUUCUAUACUCGACAAGUCCUUAGGUGAUUGGUGGAAGGCGGAAUAUGAAGGCGCUAAAGGAAUUAUUCCAGCAAAUUAUGUCGAAGAAAUUUCUAGUUAUAGCG